GGGGAGUGUAUCGAAAAUUCUAUGGAUGCUUUCCGACAUGGUAUUGCAUGUCGGACGCAAAUGCUUGAACUAGACUGUCGGCUUACCAAGGACCUGCAGGUUGCCGUUUUUCAUGAUGAAUCGCUAGAUCGCUGUACUGGUUGCCCAGGAAAAAUUAGUGAUUACACGUAUGAUUCGCUUCCAUGUUACCUUCAAACUUUACCGGUCCACUUUGAACCAGGUUGCGUAUGUGAUCGGACUGACUUACCCCCAUCUCCUAUCGUCCUUCUUCAAGAUAUAUUUGAAGCCUUCCCUCAAAUGCCCAUAAACAUAGACCUCAAAGUGGAUGACGACAGACUUGUCAAACUGGUGUCCUCCUUGAUAACUAAAUACAAACGGGAGCGAUUAACUGUCUGGGGCAGUAUGCGCCGAGUGACAACCUUGAAGUGCAAACGCGCUAACUCGUCAGUGCUUACUUAUCCACCACCGGGAGUGGUAAUCGGUUACCUCAUCGCUUAUCGUAUCGGUUUAUUGCCAUUUCUUCCUAUCCCUUACGAUUGUUUUGAGUUGCCUUUGGUGUCAGUACUCAGGUCGAAGCGCUUUUUGGAAAGCACUGGUUGGAACUCUUUUUCAGCACGAAUAUUUGCGUUAGUUGUGGAUUUUUUGAUUUCAUCACGUGGUCUAAUCCACCACCUAAAACUUCGAGGUAUUCCGGAAGGUGGAACACUAUCGUCUCAGUUCGCGUGCACGUCUGGCGGCUAAGUCACGUUAGCCAGCAAGGUUCCGAAUUCGAGUGGCUACUCUGCGCGCGUGGGGUACUAUCUUACGUGAGGACAUCCGGUUGCUUUGGUGAGUAUAUAUAACAUGAUGUGUACAUAAAUAUGAUUCUCCUUAUACUUAGAAUAAUCA